AAAGCAACCGAGGCGGGAGAAACCGCGGCGACGAGAAAAGCGGGUGUAUCCGUAUGGCUUCGUGAGUGCGAUGAGAGGCACCGUGGGAAGAUGCUGCCUUUUCACAGCUGGGCCCUCCUUUUCCCUCUCCCCCUGCUUCUGGUGGUUGCCCCCUCCUCUGGAUUUUUUGGCUGGCUCUCCCAAAAGGCCUCCCCGAGUCCUGCUCCCAGUCCUGAGCCAGCAGCAUCUGCUCCAGACCCAGCCAGCCUUGCGGAAGUGCCUUUCGAGAUGGAUACGGCCGACGAGCGCUUCCUAGCUGAAAUUCAGGCGGUGGAUCUGUCGCUUCUGGAUUCCUGCCACCACAAGGUCAUUUCACAACUACACUCGACUUGCACUGAUCUCACGGAAGAGGACCUGGCCAAGCUGGGAGUGGCUCUCUUCAACUGCCAGGCCAGUUCCGAAGGUCGGAGGACUUACCUGUGCACUGAGGACAUGGCCCUGGCGGAAUGCACAGCCGGGAUGGAUCCGGAUACCUGGAACGCUUACCACAUCGUCAGCAACCGAGCCCGGGCUGUCUGCUACGCCACCCGCCAGAUGCAGUUCAAACGCCGGGCGGAGCAUACGGUGAAUGCCCUGGUCUCUACCGCGGUCGGCCAGCUGGAGGCGAUGAAAACGCUCAAGAGGAGCCAGGAGGAGUUGAAGCUCCUCACCUCGGAGUCCUUGCAACGCGUCGUUAGCGCUCAGGAGGAGCUCCUCACCCAGCAAGAGACGCUGCGAGGUGGCCAGGCGCAGAUGGAGGACUCUCUCUCCAGCAACCUGGAGCACCUGGUGCAGGAGAAGGCCCUGAUCGCCAGUGGGCAGCAGCAGGUGGCUGAGCUGCUGGAGGGCAUCACACGCAGGAUGGAAAACGUCAGCAGUCACCUGAGCCAGCAGGACGUGGAGCUUCAAGAAGGGCAUCAGUCCAUCCUGAGGGACCUGGGACAAGUCCAAAAACGGGCUCAAGAAGUCUACUCCAAAAUAGACACCAACGUGGAUUUGUUCCUGGCCCAUCAGAAGCAAACCACCUUGUACCACGAGGAGUUACUGGGGAAACUGAGGAAGAUGAACGAGACGUUUGGGCUGGUCCUUCAAACCAUGGAGCAGAUGCAGACCAAGGUGGAAGGGAGGCUACAGCACAUCCACAGAUUCAUAACCUGGGCAGGGUUCAGCUUGAGCUCCAUCUAUACUUGUCUCCUGCAUGUGGUCUACUUCCUCCUGGUGGCGCUCCUCAUGACUUUCCUGCAGGUCCCGGGCGCAUCCCGUGCGCUGCUGCUGGUGGUGGUUGUGGCCAACGCUCUCUCUGAGCUCCACCACACCGUCUCCUUGGGCUUCAAGGCGCUCACCGGCCUCUUGGCGUUGUCUGUGGCAGUCAACAUACUCCUAGAAAGAAUCUGCGGCCAGGCUCUGAAGCACCGGAAAUGGAGACCCCCUUUGCCCCUUCCCCACAAGGCUCCAGAGACCCCUGCUUGCAAAGUGGGGCUUAAGCCAGCCAAGCGCUGCCGGGUUACCUCCACGCCUGACAGAGAUGAGGUGGGCCUCCUGGAUGAGCUGGAGAAGCUGGAAGAGGUGAGCUACCUGUCAGAUGGAUUUCCUCUGAAAAAAGAUUGCCUACCAAACGAGGGGGGUCUCCUUCCUUCCACCCAGGGAAGGGGGCAGGAGAGCAGAAUGCUGAGUCCCUCCUUCCCUGCCCUGGCUUUGCGUCGCUUGAAUUUGAGCCGUGGCAACAAACCAGAGGCCCCCGUGGAGAAACUAUCCAGGCCCCAUCUCGGCUCAGCGUUCAACUCAUUCGCCAUCCCACAAGUCUCCUCGCUUAACGAUUCCUUGCUCAGCGACGUGUCCAGCUGCUCGGCUUCUCCAAGGCCCUUCUGCCAGGGGGUGACCAGGACCGGUCAGCCAUGCCGAAAGAAAGCCCUCGCCGACCACCUUUUCUGCCAUGUUCAUGUGGCCGGACAGAGCCAACUGGCUUGAAUCCAGCAGGAAUCUUUGAUUCUUCCGGCUUUGCAAUUCCGGUGGACUCAACGCUGAAAAGCUUCCGUGCCAAGGCCUAAAGCCCAUUUUCAGGGGAAUAACGUUGAUUCCUCUUGGUUCAGCAUUUAUACACUGCUGAAUAAUCUAGUUUCUACCAAUAAUGGCCAAAGAACCACCCCGAUCCAUUGGGUUAAGAGCAAUUAACAUUCUGCUCCCAUUUUUUUUUUAAUGCCUAUGUUAGGCUUGGAGGCAUUAUUUAAAAGUGAUCGUUUUUCUUAAGAGCCGACGUGGCAGCUGGCCCAACGGACCGUCCAUUUAGUUUUAAAAAGGAAGAGUUUUUUUUUUCCUCUUAAAGAUGCAACUUUCCACUUUUUGAUCUCCUCCAAAAAAAAUGAGAGUAACACAAUCCGAAUCCAGUUCUGCUCCGAGGACAGUUUUGGCUCGAGGUGAAAUUUUCUUACAGAGGUAGA